AUGAAACGCGCCUGCAGCCCAGAACCCAGCCCGGAGCAUGAGCUGAACAAAGAAAUGUCGCUAAAUGAACAGCACCCAAUUCUCUUAAGCCUAAAUGCGCCCGUCUCUCCGCCACUAAAAAGAGCAUCCAUCAAAAGGGCCAAGGAUGGAGGAGACGCCAUCCCGCUGACCACAUCACAACUAAAUAUUUCAUCCAGCCUCGCUGCCAUCGAAGCAGGCCAGGUUGAAGUGACCGACCCUCUGACCACAAUUUCCACAAAGCUCAAAGAAUGCGUUCGCCCACUUCCAAAUCAACCAAUACCCCGGCUACCCAUCAAGGAAUGGGUCGAGCUGUACAGACGUAAUGAGCACCCAGAAGGACGCCAUUUCGUCAUCCAUCAACAUGACCAUCCCAUCGCAGGGCCCCAUUAUGAUCUCCGCCUCCAGUUCUCAGAGACCAGCUCUGUCAGUUGGUCGGUUAUGUAUGGGAUGCCCGGGGAUCCGAAUAGCCAACGAUUAAACCGGAAUGCAACUGAAACUCGGAUCCAUUGUUUAUGGAAUCAUCUCAUUGAAACAGCUUCCCACAAAACGGGGAGCCUGAUUAUCUGGGACACUGGAGAAUAUGAAAUCCUACCUUAUCAGAUGGACCCCUCUGGCCCUGAGACCGAUGAUUCUCGAUCAGAGAUCUCCGAAGAUAGUCAGGGUCCACCGGAAGAGCAGAUCUCAGACAGUGCGAAGUUACGAGAAGCUUUUCAAAAUCGCAAAAUCCGACUCCGACUACAUGGAACUCGUUUACCAAAAGACUACACUAUUAUUCUGCGGAUGGACAAAUCAACCGAUUUCGCGCGGCCGAUCCGCGAGGGCCCUAAACGGCGUCGUCGACACCCAUCCAGGCGAACGGUGCCACAAGCGCCGUCUACCUCGGACUCGGAAUCGCCCUCGCCGCGAAAUAACCAAGAAUCAAGGGGGGACGCAACACCGCCACGGUCUCAAUCCGAAUUUCAAACCGGCCCGGCUAAGCAUGCACAUGUAGGAAAUACCCACACCGCCGACCUUGAGAUACAAAGAAACAAUGCCUACCCAGGGUCCAGCAAUAUGAUCGGCUCGAUCCACCAGCGGCGAUGGUAUCUCAGUUUAGACAGAGAAUCAUCUGGAUUUGAGCCGACCAUGGUGAGAGGAAAUGAAAGUGAGGGAAAAACUAGGAAAAGAACAUGGACCCCGAAACCCGUCGGAAAAGGAUUUGAGCCGUUCUACGUGCACGGACCAGAAGCUGAGCGGAGUCUUAUCACGGCGCGUUUGGGGGUCGAUGUCUUAGAUGAUGAGGGCGUGGAGGAGUUUGUGCCGAGACGCGGGUGGAGGCCGGUCCUGCAUUAG